AUGGGGAACUUCGCGUCCUGCACGCUGGCCAGGAUCCCCGGGGCGGCCAAGGGCGCCAGAGUCGUGCUCCCCGACGGCGGGCUCAGGCUCGUCAGGCCCCCGGCCACGGCGGCGGAGCUCAUGCUCGAGGCGCCGGGCCAUUUCCUGGCCGACGCGCGCGCGCUGCAGGCGGGCCGCCGGAUCGAGGCGCUCGCGGCUGACGAAGACCUCGAGCUCGGCGGCGUCUACGCCGCCUUCCCCAUGAAGCGGCUCGGCUCCAAGGCCGCGCCCGCCGACGUGGCACGCCUGGCCGCCGUUUUCGCCAGGGAGGCUCAUGGCCGAAGGCCUGCCUCGGCCAAGGUGGCGGCCAUCGUCGUGGCGCCGCCCGAGGCGGCUUCCGUUGCCGCCGAGGCGGACCUCGCGCCGGUCAGGGCGCCGCGGUUGGAUGAGAUGGCCGUGGACGACGAGGCGGCUGCGGCGGAGAUCGGGGAGCUCAAGCAACGGAUUAGCGGCGGCCGCUUGUCGAGGCGGCGGCCGACGUUGGAGACCAUACACGAGGAGAGCUACGCCGCGCUAGCAUGCUAA